GUGUGGACAAGGGCUUGGUAAGUCAGCUUGAGUCGGGUGUACUCAUUCGGCGCAGACUCCGAGCCGGGCGGGCACUCUGGCUAUUUGGGGCACUUCAGACGUACUGCUACGCAGAGCUUUCGAUCAUCGCAUACCACAGCAUGAAGGGAGUCGAACAGACAGUGCUCGGGCUUGGCAUUUGUGUCUUCCGCACCACAAUCGCCGUCUUUGCGAUUCCAAAGCUGGACAACGUGGCACUAAACCAGGUUCUUCUGGCUGGCUGGGCGCUUGCAGAUGUUCUUCGGUACAUCGCCCUCUUGAGCAAGCGGCCGUCUCUUCAGCUUCUUCGGCGCAUUGCUUCCGCCAUACUCUUCUUGGUCGUGGCCGCUGCAGAGGUCUGGGCCAGCUGGCUGACCUUCGACAGCCUGGCCUUGGGAGUCCGACGGUGGAUGUUGGUGCAGAUGUGCGUGACUACGAUGGGACUACCUGUCGGAGCCCACCUCUUCUUGAAGUCUGCACGGCCAGAGCAGCAGGGGGAGAGUGCAGCGCACAUCGGGCGUGAGCACUGUGCAGGUACCUCUGGCCAAUGCCGGGAGGUUGCAUGGGACGCGUCGGCUGCGUGUCUGUUGGAUGUCAGGGAGGCCUUCAAGUGCGAUUUCCAAGGAGAGAAGGUGGCGGUGCUGGCGCCACCCCACGGCCAUGUCCCCAUCUACAGGCCCAGGCUCCCUGGCGCCUUGUGUCGAGGCUCCCAGGCCGAGCUGCCCGCUCUGCCCCGCCCGGAGCGCUCCCUGUGGCCGCAUAUCGAGGAGCUUGUCAGGAUGACGGAGGUGCCCAUCGGCCUGCCUCGGACCUCUCGGCUAGCGAGGACCGCUGAGAGCCCGAGCCCGGAGACCGAAACGAAGGCGCUCGCGAGCGAGGUGAAAACCGAGGAGCGCCUGGAGAGGCAGAAGCUCCCCCGCUUCGAUGCAGAGGCCGCUCUGAGGGCCCUGCGCGAGGAGCGCCUGGAGAGGGAGCGCAGGUGCCGCUUAGUGGAUUUCCCCCGUGGCCGGCCAUUGGGUGUGGAGUGCGAAGACACCGCGUCCUUGAGCGAGGACUUGCGCAGCGCGCCAGGGCCAUCCGCGCUUUUUGCCCGUCGAGAGGAAGGAGGGGACCGGGAGGGCCAGGGCCAGGGCCAGGGCUUUCCUGGUGGCCGUGGAUCUUCGAGGUCGAGGUCUCCGGGACAGAGAACGAUGCAGGGGCCGGAGGCGCCCUCCCUCUUCGCUCGUGCGGAAGCUCGCAUCCUCGCCUCCGUCAUGAGGCCCGGGCCUCGCGAGCCCCGCGAGCCGUCCGAAUGCUUCGUGAUGCGGCCUCCAGUGGUGGAGUGGGAAUUGCCGAGUCGUCCCGAACGAGAGCACGCAGCUCAUCGCAGACCGUCGGCGAGGAGCAGGCGCAGCUCCGCCACGGACCUUCGAGCUCGAGAGAAGCUCGGCAAGCUGCUGGUGGCCCACUACGAGGUCCGCUUCUGCAAGGCUCAGGUGAAGACCUCAAAGCUGAUGCGGGUGGUGCUCGGGAUCGAGGAGGAGAAGCCCGAGAGCAUCCUGGAGGGCCUCACUGUCUUGCAGAAUGCCCAGAAGCUCAUAGGUGUAGUGGAUGAGAGCGAGCCCUCAAGCAGCCGAGUGGUCCUUCGAGUGCUUUCCAUCCUGGAUCGGAGGGCAGGAGCACGCAGCUCGCUGGCAGACUCCGCCCGAGCCUUGGAGGAGCUUACCAGCAACGAGGAGAAGCUAUUGGUGGACAUGGUGGAUUUGACACAGGCUCCGGCUCCGGUCCCGGAGAGCCAGGAGGAGGCCGACAUCGCCAUCGCCAGCUUGCUUGGACCUCCGAACAAGCUGUCCUCCGGCGCCGUGAAGCAGGCGUGGGAAGUCGUCCACCACGAGGCGAGCGAUGGCUGGCAGCUGAAGGCGCGGGAGAAGGAGAAGGACCUCCAGGAUUUGUCGAAGGCCGCGGCCCCUCGGCGGCAUUUCGGCCAAAAGCAUUUAGACAGACCGGCGCGCGCGCGACCCGUCUUCAUAGGCCAAGAAGAAGAACAUCCGGAAGGCCUUGUGCGCCUUGCGCCCACAGCAAAUCUGCGCCACAGCGCAGCCUGCAAGGAAGAGAGCGCCGCUGAAGAGCAGGCCCACCCGCCGCCCAUGGUCUUCAGAUGUCAAGCGAACGCAGCGAGCGAGGGGCACUACGAGGCACAAGUAGCACAGCAGGAUGAAUCGAAUCUGAUUGAGGCUGGCAGCGGCGCCUUCGAUGAGCGAGGCCUCUGGGUGCUACGGAGGGUCAGCACGAUCUUCGCGGUGCGCAAGGAGAAGCUGGACAAAUUCCUUCAGCUGUUGGGCGAGGAUGCGAAUUCAAGCAGGGUGCUGAACCACUUCCUCAAUGAGGUGGAGGUUCCGACAGUCUUUUUUCAUUUGUCAGCAAGCGGAGAAAGUUGCAGCAUUUCCACAGAUCUGCCGACGGCCGCGCAGCUCAAGAAGAAGGUCUUGGCCCUGGUGCGUUCCAAGCAUGAGGUGGAGAUCGACCUGGGCCCCGCCGCCGGUCCAGCGAGACGGCCCUGCGUGGUCUUCGUGGAGCUUGCGAAGGGGAUCAUGGAUUUGAUCAACUCUUACUGCCACUCCGUCUACCUCUCUGUCCUCAUGAACCCCGCGAACCAGCGGGGUUGGUCGGACCUGAUUACCCGGGACCUCUUGGACAAGUUUCACGGCUUUCUCGCGAGCCUCCACGUGACCGUGGGCCUCCGACAGGGCCAGACCUUGCUGCCCUUGCCGCCCAGGGAGGCCGUCCAGGAGGGAGCUGGGCCAGGCAAGGCGUCGGCCAGCUCCAGCAAGGACAGGGUCCACGUGCUGGAGGGAGCCGUCAUUACCUGGACAAAGCAGGUCAGGUAUGUACUGAAGCAGGAGCCGGAGCACGUCUUCCGCGAAGGCAGCCCUCAGCCGGAUGCGGAGCUGCAGUUCUGGCGGAGCCGGGCCAACAACCUGAACUCCAUCCACAUGCAGUUGCAGAUGGAGGGAGUGAAGCGUGUGCUUCGCUUCUUGGAUGCGAACAAGAGCACCUAUGUGGCGCCCUUCGCACGGCUGCAGAAGGAGGUGGAGGACGGUCGGGAGGAGGCGAACGACAACGUGAAAUUCUUGAAGGCCUUGGAGCCCCACGUGGACGCCUUGCUCAACGAAACGCAGGACUUCGAGGUCUUGGAGCAAGUCUUUGAUGACGUCUUCCACGUUCUGCUCUUGGUCUGGCGGCAUUCCAAGUACUACAACUCCUUGGCGCGGCUGGCCGUCAUCGUGCGUCAGAUCUGCAACAGCCUCAUCGCGCAGGCCACUCGCUACAUCUCGGGAAGCAGCGUCUUCGAGAUGAUCUUGCAGAGCGAGGCCUUGGAGUGCUACGACAUGCUGGAGCGUGUCCUUCGAGCGAUUGAAUCGCUGCAGGACGCCUACCAGCGCUAUCGGAGCCUCUCCGAAGGAAGCUCGGAGCAGACCUUCUCGAAGGAUGUGACAGGAGUGGGCGGAGUUGGAGGAGCAGCGGGAGGCGCCGCCGUAACCGUGGGGACUGGCGGUCCCGGUCCCCCGAGCGCGAGCGGGGCGGGGGGCCCGGCGGGCUCCGCCGUGGCCUCGAGCCUGGGCCUGGGUUUGGGGAGCGGUUUGGGGAGCGGCAGCGGCUGGCGCCUGCGGAGCCAAGUGGUCUUUGGCCGCCUGGAAGCUUUCUCCGAGCGGGUCUCGGACAUCUUGGACUUUGUGAAAACCGUUUUGCAGUUCAACAAGCUCCAGAAGGUGGACAUCGGAGGCACCAAGGGCAAGGUGCUCUCUGCCUCCGUCCGAAAGGUGCAUGAGGAAUUUGAGAAGGCCGUGGGAGACUUUCGUCGGGUCCCCUACGACAUCUUCGAUGUCAAGGAGACGGACUUCAUACGCGACUUCCACGCCUUCCGGCUCACCAUUCGUGAUCUGGACCGGCGCCUGGGCAGCGUCCUGGCCAGCGCCUUUCAGGAUCAGGACACCCUGCACGGUCGAGCGAAGCUCCUUGAUGCCUUCGAGGGGCUGCUGGAGCGGCCGGUCUUGCAAGCGGAGCUCGUGCGGAAGCAGCAGGUGUUGAUUGGCCAGUACAAGAGGGAUGUGGAGGAGUUGGAGGCCAGCUUCGUGGCCAAUGUGGACCGUGUGGAAGGCUGCGAACCAGAUGCGCCGCUCUUCUACAACUUGCCACCAGUGGCCGGGGCUUUGUCGUGGGCACGCAGCCUUCGGAUGCGCCUUCAGGACCCUAUGCCCAAGAUCGUGGCAUGCAACGAACUGUUGCCACGUGGUGAGGUUCCUUCGAGCUUCAAAGAGCUGGAGGCCUUGCACUCCAGGACCUUGCAGACAUUGGAUUCCUUCGAGACGCGGCGUUACUCCGAUUGGAAGGGUGAAGUGGCGGAGGCCGCUAAGCGGCUGCACCUCCGCUUGCUCCGCCGACACGACAGGACCGGGCUGUUGAAGGUGAACUUCGACCCUGCCCUGGUCCGCUUGUUGCGGGAGGUCCGCUUCUUCUUGAUCUUCGGCCUGGAGGUGCCGGAAGAGGCCUUGACCAUCUACAGCAUGGUGGACAUCUAUCGGAGGUGGACAAGCCAGCUCGACCACAUCGUGGAGCUCUACAACUCGGUACUGACAGACCUUUUGCCCGUGGAGGAGCCCUUGUUGGAGGACCGGAUCGUGAAGAUGGACAACGCCUUGGCUCCGGGCCUCACGGAGCUGAAGUGGUCACGGGAGGCCGAGGUUCCCGACUUCAUCGCCGUGGCCAUGAAGGUGGUGAGCGACGUCUCGGCCAUCGUCGACAUCAUGAAGGGCAAUCUACGCAAGAUCUCGGGCAUCCUGUCCCAAUGGUGCAAGGAGUCCAUGCUAGAGAGGAAGCGUGGGGCGAAGCCGGUGUCCGUCGAGGAAUUCGAGCAGAACCACAAAGCCCGCGUGGGAGUCCGGCUGAUGAACAUGACAGAUGGUGGCAAGGAGAUCCACCGUUAUGUGAAAGACUCGAGCGAAUCCUUGAAGAUCUCUAAGUCUGCCCAGACCUGGAAGGCCUAUGUGGAUUUUGUGAACAACGUCGUCAUCGAGGGCUUCGUCUCUGCCAUCGCCGUCUCCCUUCAGUACCUCUGUGAGAUCUUGGAUCCCUUGAUCAUCACCCGGCACGAGAUGCUGCCCCUUUUCGAUGUGAAAAUCGAACUGCAGGGCGAAGAGAUCGUGUUCGACCCACCCUUCGAGGACGAGGAUCUUCCCGGGCGCACGACGCUUCGGAGUACCAUCGACGGCUGGCUCAAGGACUUCUUCGCCAUGGCCACCGUCAUGGUCCGCCUGGACUCCAACAUGGGCGACUACCUGAACGAGAUCAAGGAGCACUUCCAGAUGCAGUGCCUGCUCUCCAUGGUCUCCGAGCUGAUUGACAACACGGAGACCAAGUGCUUGGAGUACCGGGAGAACUUCAUGACGCACUCCUUCCUUUGGACCGACAGC